CCCACACCUCUCCGGGAGCUUUCAGCUGCCUCCCGCCGCAGAGGGCAAGGAGGCACCAUGCGGAGCUGCAGGGGGCAGGGGGCUCGGCAGGGCAGGGGGUAAAAGCCCCCCCUCUCCCCAUCACCGCCGGGCAGGAGCCGUGCUGCCCCAUCGCCAUGGCUGGCCGGCGGCGGGGGCAGAAGAGGGGCAGGAGACCCCCGUUGCCCCCAGCACCGGGUGCAGAUUAGCGAACGCUCUCCCUGCCAUCGCUGCCGGCUGCUGGGCUAAAAGGAGGUGGGGGGGGGGGGGGAGAACAGGGUUGCUUUCCUCUGCCUGUGCCCUCAUCUUCCUCACCUGCGUCACGGUGGAGGCAGGGUCCGGCCAGCCCGGGACGGCGCUGAGCACCACAUGAGCAGCAGAGCGACAUGGCCAGCGACGCGAGGAUGGGGGAGACCCCGCCACGGUGGAGGAGAGCCCAGGAGGCAGCGCAGGACGCCCGGGGCAUGGAGAGCAGCGGGGUGGUCUUGUCCGGGAGCACUGCCGCCGAACUGGGACUCCCGGGCUACCAGGAGCCCGGCAAGCUGAGCUACGGCAUGGAGAAGGGGUGUCCCUGGAGGGGCUCCGAGGGAUGCUUGGGGACAGGACGGGAGCUUGCCGGUGGCCGGCUGGGCUGUCCCUACCCACCGGCCCCACCGUGCCUGCGCAACACCCUGUGCCGCCCCAAGGAUGGAGCCGAGCUCCCGCCGCUGCUGCCGCCCAGGAACGGGCAGCCCAAGGCGGGCUGGGAUGAGCCCUGCAAGGACCACCAGGGGCCACGGUGGGCUGAGGCCGUGCUGGCCCCCCUGGCCCUCUACAGCCACGCGUACCACCGCUACCCCCUGCCCUUCCCGGGGAUGGAGACUCAGCGCCCCGACACCGCUGGCAAGCCCCGCGCCGCUGCGGGGGACGGAGCCGGUGACCCCCCGGCUUUCCGCCACUGCCCCUUCCUCAUGGAGGCCAAGCACAGCCCCUUCCUCCUGUCCUCGCUGCUGCCCACCGGACCCCCGGCUGACCCCCCGUUCGGCGGCGGGGGGACGGAGGGACCGGGGACGAUGGGCGACGGGCGCUUCGCCGGCGUGGACUGGCGCCUGGGCUCCUACGUGCCCGCCUGGGGCCAGCCCAUCUACCUGGGGGUCCCGCCGAGGUGCAAGGUGGCUCCGUCCCCCUUCGAGGACUGCUCCAGCUCAGGGAACAAGGAGUUUUACCCGAAGAAAGAACCCGGCUUCCACCCCCCGGCCAAGGACGAAGCGCUAUCGCAGAUGCUGGGCAAGGGCCAGGCCGGGCAGGAUGGAGACGGGGAAGGGGAACCGGCGGUGCCGGAGCUGCUGGGAGCCCCGUGGAGGGAUGGCCGAGCAGGGGGCAGCUCAGCGGUGCCCGCUCCCCAUGCCCGCACGCCUCCCCCCAGCACCGGCCACCCCCUCUUCCUCCUGCAGCCCGGUGCCGUGGGGGGCUGCGGGGGUCCCUGGGUGGGCACACGGGCCAACGCCACCGAUUUCCCCCCGGAGCCGGGCUCAGGCCGUCCCUCCGAGCCCAAAGACCUGGAGUACCAAAGCCUUGGAGUACCGGGGGAGCCUGACACAUCACCUCCGCUCACGGAUGGGCACUACCCGCUGGCCCUUGCCAAGCCAGAGCCAUCCCCGGCUUGCUUCUGCCCCGCACCGGGCUGCGAUGGGUGCCCGGGGGUGGGCUGUGGGGUGCUCGGCCCCUUCGAGCCCACCCUGGGCAUCCCCGGGGACCGUUUUCCGUGCCCACCCAGCAACCACACCAAGCUGAAGAAGACCUGGCUGACGCGGCAUUCGGAGCAGUCGCUGCCGCGCUGCAAGGCUCCCCGGCGGGACGGUGGCCCCGAGCCGGCCGGUGAGGGCAAACGCUCGGCCAAGCGCCUGCACAGCACCGUCGACGGACCCCACGUUGCCGGCGAGGGUGCCGGGGCUGCCAAACGGGGCAUGAAGGCCACCAUGGCUGUGGCAUGCCCGGAGAACGGAGGGGACGCGGAGGAGAGGAGGAUGGAGCUGGGAGAGGGAGAGCCACCGGAGCCGCGGGAGCCCUGGUGCCUGCAGAGCGUGCCCUGCACCACCCUGCCCGACAGCAUCCCGCGGUGCUGUGCCUGCGCUGCCCGGGCCGCCGGGGCCCCCAAAGGCGAGGAAGAGGAGGAGGAGCCCCCCGAGAGCACUUGCAGGCUGCUGCACUUCCGCAGGUUUGCCUUUGGGGACGACGGGGAGCUGAGUGUCGAUGGCUUCUGCACCCUGGGGGAGGCGGAUGGGGACACGACGUUGUGGCUGGAGGGGUCCGGCCCCGAGCCGGGGAACAGGAGCGCGGGCAGCAGCCUCUGCCUGGCCAAGUACCUGCUGGGGGUCCUGGGGGACCCCUUCUGCGAGGCCGUCCGCCGGGACAGGGACGUGUGGCCGGGAGCCCCCGGCGGGCCCGAGGGGGUGACGGCCUGGAGGCGGAGGGAAGGAGCCCCCCAGCUCUGCGACUGCUGCCAGCGCGGCUUCUUCAACUCCCACUGGAGCUGCACCAGAUGUGGCUUCCAGCUGUGCCCUGAGUGCCACCGCAGCAGGCAGGAGGCUGACGGCCACGAGGGUCCGGCGCAGCUGCCUGAGUGCAUCCCCGGGCAAGACCACCACGUCGCGUCCCUCGUCCCCACACAGUUUGUCCCCACCUGUGUCCUGACCCAGCUCUGGAAGCUGCUCCACGAGGUCCGGGCUAAAUUCAGCAUCGAGUCACACUGUCCCUGCGGGGACGGGGCUGUGGAGCAGAGCCUGGUGGAGCCCCCGGGGAGCAGCCAGGAGCUGCCGGGGGCUGCGGUGCCCACCCUCCCGUCCCGCGGUGAUGGCCCAGCCGACACCUCCCGACCCAUCAAGGAAGAGAGCCCCGAGGGGGGGCCACCAUCGCCGGGGCAGCCGCCCCCCCGGGGGGCCGUGCAAACCGCCACCCUCUGCGACCUCCUCGCCUCCACCGCCGUCAAGCUGUGCCUGGGGCAGGACGGGGUGCGCAUGGCCUUCGCCCCCGUCUCCCCCGCUUUGCCCAAUGACAACCGCUUGACCAGCAUCCUGGACAGCAUCAUCGCCCGCGUGGUGGAGAGGAAGAUCCAGGAGAGGCAGGCGGGGGGCGAAUUGAGCCCCCCCAGCCCCCCUAGCCCCCCCUGUCCCUCCGGCCCCCCCACCUCCCACUGCAUCCUAGCCCCCAGCGGGCUGCUCUGGCUGCACGACCCCGGCCACGCCAGCAACUACAAACUCUUCCAAGAGCACUGGCGGCGGGGCCAGCCUGUCCUUGUUUCAGGGCUGCAGAAGAGGCUGGAGGGGCGGCUGUGGGGGCCGGAGUCGUUCCGCCCGGCCGGGGGGGAGCGGGCGGUGGAGGCGGUGAACCUGCGGGUACCAGCCGGCCGAGUCAGGAUGAGCAGCCGGGAGUUUUGGGAUGGCUUCGCUGCCAGCGCCGCAUCCCUCCCUCCCUUGGCAUCCCUCCCUCCCUCCCGGCGGCAGGACGCCAGCGUCCCCCUGAGUGAUGCCGUGCUCCAUCCUGCAGCAUCCCCGAAGCCGGAGCAGGGAGGUGGGGACCUGCUGAAGCUGGAGAGUGGCUUUGGGGACAUGGAGCUGUGCCGGGCCACCAACCUGAGCGCCAGCUUGCCACUGCCGGAGUACUGCGGGCCCACCGGCCGCCUCAACCUGGCCACCUACCUGCGGGGCCAGCGGGCCCGGCCCUGGCUGCGCCCACGGGUCUGCGUGGCUUAUGGCGUCAAUCCCCAGGACCGGACCAUUGGGACCAAAAACCUGACGGUGGAGGCAACCGACUCCAUCAGCGUCCUGGUGCACACCGUGGCACGGGAGGACCUGCUCCCACAAGCCGAUGCCGAGGGUCUGGAUGCGCCGCUGAAGGAACGGCUCUGGGAUGCCGGCAGCCAACCCGGUGCCCUGUGGCACAUCUUCCGCCCUGAGGAUGCCGGCCGCAUCAGGGAUUUCUUGCAGAAGGCGUGCGAGGACCAAGGGCAGGAGGGGGUGGCCCCGGCGGAGCCCCCCGGCCGCUACCUGGACGUCUCGCUGCGGAGGCGGCUGCGGGAGGAGUGCGGGGUGAGCAGCUGGACCCUCCUCCAGUCCCUGGGGGAUGCGGUGCUGGUCCCCGCCGGGGCUCCCCACCAGGUGCAGAGCCUCACCGGCACCAUCAGCGUGGAGCAGCGGUUCCUCUCCCCGGAGAACGCCGUUCGCCUGCGGGACCACAGCACCCACCCCCAGCUCCGCGCCCAGCUUGACGGCAUGAUCUUCUCCGCUGUGCGGGAGGCCGUGGGCAUCCUGCGGGGCUGCAAGUGAGGUGGCCACGGCACGCCAGGAGGAUGCUUGAACAAAGCCAGCGCUGGUGGCCACGGCCACAGCCACAGCCACGCCGCCGUGGGGACCCAGCACCUCUGGCUUGGUGCUUUGCUCCGCCACGGCCCGGGGAUGCUCGGGGCGGGUGCGGGACAGCCGGGAAAUAAAGUGUUUGCACCGUGCCGGGGCCACCGGCAGC